UUCGCCGACGUUCGGCGUUCGGCCGCGGCGGCACCAACGGACGGGACUGCCGGGCGGGAGGCAGGCAGGCAGGCGGCCAACAGGUGGAGGAGGAGGAGAAGGCGGAGAGGCGGAGGCGGACGCAGCCGGCGGGGAUGCUGAGCGAAGCGGAGAGCGUUGGAGGAGGAGCCGUUACCGGCCCCGGGGAGAGCCCCGCGGGGGAGCCCGCGGCCGGGGUGGCCAAGCCCGCUCCUCCCGCGGCAGCCUUACCCGCGGCACCCGCGGCCGGCGGCGCAGCUCGGAGCCAGGCGGCCAAGCGCGUCUUAGCCACCCAGGUGCAGGGCACUGUGAAAUGGUUCAACGUCCGCAAUGGCUAUGGAUUUAUAAACAGGAAUGAUACCAAGGAGGAUGUGUUUGUGCACCAGACAGCAAUUAAGAGGAACAACCCCCGUAAAUUCCUCCGAAGUGUUGGAGACGGGGAAACGGUGGAGUUUGAUGUUGUGGAAGGAGAGAAGGGGGCUGAGGCAGCCAAUGUGACUGGCCCAGGCGGCGUUCCUGUGAAGGGCAGCCGCUAUGCUCCCAACCGCCGCCGCUUUCGCAGGUUCAUUCCCAGGCCCCGGCAGGCCCAACAGCCACAGGAUGCCACCCGGACAGAAGGGGCCGCAGAGACGAUCAGCGAGGGGGAGAGGGCUGAUGAUGCUGUACAGCAGCGCCCUCGAAGGAGGCGCCCCCCACCAUUUUUCUUCCGCCGGAGAUUUGUGCGGGGGCCUAGGGCUCAAGCCCAGCAGCAGCAGGCCCAGCCAGCAGAAGGCAGUGAAAGCACAGAACCCAAAGAUGCCACCCAGCCUGAGGGAGAUCAGCAACAGCAGAUCCAGGCUGGUGAGAGAGCCCCAGCCCCUCGCUUCCGUCCCAGAUACCGCAGACCUUUCCGCCCCCGCCCACCGCAGCAGCCCACCACUGAGGGAGGAGAUGGCGAGACAAAGGCGGCACAAGCCCCAGCGGACGGUAUCCGCCCUGAGCCCCAGCGCCAGCGCAACCGACCUUACUUCCAGCGCAGGCGCCAGCAAACAGCUGCCGCCCGCCAGACUGCAACUGAGGCUACCACAGCUACCAAAGAGCAGCCUGCUCCGAGCUCUGCUGCUGCUGGUGGAGACACCCCGGCCACUAGCACACCUGCGAUGGCUCAAGAAGCAGUGGUGGAAGCCAGCAAGCCUGCUUCCCCAGCCCAGGAGAGUCCCUCCCAGCCGCUGCCGGAGAUCCAGCAACAGCUUGUGGAUAUCUCAACACCUGAGCCUGGGGGAGAGCUGGCCCCAGCCCUACUGGCGUGAUGAACCUGCACACGGUGAGGGGAUGCCAAGAGCUGUGAUCUGGUGUCCUCAAUGUGCCUACAACCCAAGUUACCUCAUCCUGCACUUGAAGAGACCCCAAACUUCACCAGUACCCCCUUUGCUGCUGUUGAAGCCCUGAAUGUGAAAAAAAAUUAGUAAACCCGAGGGGGGGAAUUUGACCAAAAAGAUAACUCGCUUUGCUUUAAAAAACCUUCUGAGGGGUUUGUCUUCCCUCUCCCACAGCUUUGCCAGUUUGAGACAAAUAAACUGGCUGUUGAAUCUUCAGUUACUUUUUUCUCCCCCAUUGUUGAAGAACACCCUGUGUGAACCAUUGUGUGCAGUUUGGGCGUCAGUAAAAAAAAAUUGCACAGACUUGGUGUCCCUUGUGUUUUCUUCCCACCCCCAAGGAAAUAAAUGUUAUCUUAAGGUGCUGCUUCGUCCUUUACCCCACAGCUCUUGGUGAGGGCAUUUGCGGAGGAUCCUGAUCUUAAGGAAUCCUAAAACCUACCCCAUAAUCCUUAAAAAAUAACUUAAGAGGAAGUGGAGAAUAGCGCCUGGCACCAAAGUGUUGCUGCUUGCAGAGUACUUUGCAGAGGGGCCGCAACCGACAUUUGGAUGGAUAGAGGUCAGAGAUUCUCCAGGAGUAGGGAGAAUGCCAUAGGGAGCAGCAGCCCCACACUAGGCUGCUUUUUAAAAGAGGCUUCUUUUUAAAAGGUGGCACCUAAUGUCCUCAAGUGCAGACAAUAAUAUAGUGGUUAUUGUAGUAGCAGUCAGCCUAUAAAAGGAAUUUACAUUUGCUUAACUUGCUGCUUCCCAAGGGAGUGUUUUUGCAAAAAGGAAGUUGCUUUUCCUGCUAAUGCGGUGAGCAGGAGAGCUUCAGACCCAAGUAACCACUGGUAGUGUCAAAAAUCAUUUACCUGGUGCGUAGCCCAAGUCCGGUGUGUUUUACCACGGUUGGUAACAAACCACUUGGUCCAAAACAUAUCCUACCCCAGAGUUCUAGAAGAACUCAAAUGUGAAGUUUAUGGUCUGCCACCAAAUAUGUAACUUUUGUCUCUUAAGUUUGGCCUUGGAACCUGAAAACAGGAAAGUGACCACUGUAACACAAGUGGGUUUUUUUUUGACAAAAUGUAGCCCAGGAUAUUACAGGCCACUUUCCUUAAUGUGUGUUCUGGGAAACUUAAUGUAUGUGUUGAUUAAAGACGAAAUUUUCAAGGAAACAAAAGUCUUGCUGAAAAAGAAUUGACGUCACUUCUCUGCAAAGGGAAGUCCUGUCUAGCUUGGUGUCGUUAAUGGACAUUACUAGCUUAGGUUCAUUAAUUUCAGUGGCUUUCCUCUGAGGAGGACUUGGCUGAUUGCCACCUGAUGUGCACUUGUCAAAAACUUUUUGGAUCGGAUAACAGGUCCUCUUAAAGCUACAGUAGGAAUAGAAUUAAAUGGGCAGUUCUGCCAAUGGGGCUGUAAGAAGUGGGGUGCCCCAUGGAUCUGAAUUUUGUUGUUGUUUAGUCGUUUAGUUGUGUCCGACUCUUCGUGACCCCAUGGACCAUAGCACGCCAGGAUUUAGAUUUAUGCUUUUUAACAUUCAUAGAUCGGGAGUUAAGAGGUCCAAUGCAAAUAAAUCAGUAUGCAAUGCAAAUAAAGUUGAAAAGAUUAAAAAGGGAUUGUGAAGUACUUCGAAAGGAUCUCUAAACUGGGUGGGUAGGCAUUAAAAUGUGGCUCAAUUUAAACUAUUUUUAAAUUUAGAAUGCAUCACUUUGAGACGGUUGUUUAGAAAGCAAUGAAUAAAUUGAUGAUAAUAAAAUAAAAGUAAUGCACAUUGGGGCAAAAAAGAAUUCAGCUUCAGAUAUACACACGCUAGGGAGCAUUAGGCAAAAGAUCAACAUUAAAACUGCCAAUAUUGUAAUUCCUUAAAUCUACGGUGUGUUAAUGCUUGGAGCACUCUGUACAGUUCUAGUCUCUGCAUCUCAGAAACGGCAUUGUGGAAGGAACUGGAAAGGCUGGAACAUUUGGGGGCUUUUAAUUUGGAAAAGUGAGCAAGAGUUGACAUGAUUAAGAGAUGUCAAAUAUUAUGUACGGCUCGGGGAAAGUGAAAAGUUUGUCUCCUUUUCCAGAACCCAAGGAAGGUUAACCAAGGAACCUGAAUGUUGGGACAGGCAAAAGGAGCUACUGUUUCCCAACAGCGCAUAGUUAAAACAACAAAUCUAUAGUGUGGGUACAGUUGGAUGGCUUUAAAAGGGAAUUAAGACAAAAUCAUGGAAGACAGGGCUAUUGGUGUCUACUAGCUGUGGUGGCUAGGGACGCAGGUGGCGCUGUGGGUUAAUGGUCAGGGGUCCCUUUACCUAGCUGUGAUGGCUAUAUAUUCUCUUACUAGAGUCACUCUACUUCUGAAUACCAGUUUUUGAGGACGGGAGUGCUAUUGCAUUCGGGUCCUGCUUGCAUGCUUCCCAGAAGCAGCUGACUGCUCAGCGUGGGAACAGAAUACUAGAUUUCAUGGGUCUUUGGUCUGAUCCACUCCUAAGUUCUUGCGUCAUUGUCAACACCUUGAAGAUCUCACUGGACAUGCCCACAUCAUAUGCCUCAACAUGGUAUUUGCAGCAUUACACUUCCAGCAUCUACCAGUAAUAAAUACUGUAUAUUCCUGCAUAUAAGACUACUUUUUAACCCAGGAAAAUCUUCUCAAAAGUUGGGGGUCGUCUUAUAUGCUAGGCCAUAUUUGUUAUACGGCGAGCAUAUCCCAAACACUAUAUUUUAACUGGAAAAGUUGGGGGUCGUCUUAUACACCGGAAUAUACGGUAAUGCCUUCCUGUAAAGACAUUGUGGAACACAAUAUAACUGAAACAUCAAUUGUUGCUGGGUUAAUCUCAAAUUUUAAGUCCCUUGGGAGGGGCCACUUAGCUCAGGAGUAGAGGGUGCUGUUUGCAUGCAGGAAGGCUCUGGCUCAAUCUCCAUUUAAGAGACAUGGCACCUGCCGUUAAUUCAAGUAGACACCGCUAGAGCACAUGGGCCGGUGACAUGGCUCAAGCUAAUACAACCCUGUAUCUUGUACUGUAAAGGCCUGGCAAAAUUAAGCAGCCUCAGUUGCUCUCUCCUUGGCAAAAACUGACUCUUUGGGGGUGGGAGAGAGUACAGCCAGUUUCUUUGCUCAUAUGCAAAAAGAUGUGCAGCAAUGGGCUUGAGCAUGGGUAGGCAAACCGGGGACCGGGGCCUGGGGGCCGGAUCUGGCCCAAUCGCCUUCUCAAUCCGGCCUGCAGACGGUCCGGGAAUCAGCGUGUUUUUAGAUGAGUAGACUGUGUCCUUUUAUUUAAACUGCAUCUCUGGGCAUUUGUUCAUUUUCUUCUAAAUAUAGUCCGUCGCCCCCCAAAGUCUGAGGGACUGUGGACCAUCCCCCUGCUAAAAAUGUUUGCUGACCCCUGGGCUUGAGCAAAAAGGAUGUGCAACAUAGGGCAAAAUAUUCCUUGAAAGUUGAGGAACAGGUCACAGUGAUCAAUUGCCAAAGAAGCUUGUGGCAUUGUUAGGAAGCUUUCCAGAAAACUCCCAUAUUAUCUGUGUGGUACAGUGGUACCUCGGUUUAUGAACACAAUUGGUUCCAGAAGUCUGUUCAUAAACUGAAGCGUUCAUAAACUGAAGCGAACUUUCCCAUUGAAAGUAAUGGAAAGUGAAUUAAUCCGUUCCAGAUGGGUCCACGGUGUUCGUAAACCGAAAAUUCGUAAACCGAGGUGUUCAUAAACCGAGGUUCCACUGUAUUUUGAACUAUCCUGUUCCUUUUACUUUUUUUGAACAGAUUGCUUAUGCAUUAACUAUUUAGAACUGGAGAGAACUAAUGUAAAGCAACCAACAGCCGUAUAAGAGUCUAUUCUUUAUAUACAAAUACUUUUUUUCCUUGGAAAUACAAACAUUAACAUGCGCACGCACACACAAACAUGCCUGUAAUCUCGAGAGUCUCUUCCUCCAAUUAAAUACACAGAAAACAGAAUCCCUUUGCACAGUCCCAAGGGAAACCCUUUACAAAGUGGGUGUCAUCCCCCCCCGCCUUUCUUGCUUCCAUUUAGUUUUUUGAGUGCUGGGUGGCUAACAUAGCCUAUGGAGUGAUGCAGUCCAUUUGCUCUUGUUUUAAAUAAUAAUAUAAUUUUUUAUUUAUACCCCGCCCAUCUGGCUGGGUUUCCCCAGCCACUCUGGGCGGCUUCCAACAGAAAAAUAAAACACAGUAAUCUAUUAAACAUUAAAAGCCUCCCUGAACAGGGCUGCCUUCAGAUGUCUUCUAAAAGUCUGGUAGUUGUUAAAAGUCCACCUUUAAUAGAAAAUGCGUCCUAGCCCUCUUGGGGUUUAAGUGCCAUGGUAAAAAGUGCUGAAGGAUCGGUGCAAAGCUCAAGCAAGCCACUAGAAAGUUCACUACACGUGUUCAAGUCUGGAUUUGUAAGAUGGUGUGGACCCCGAUGGCACAGCUUCACAGGGCCUGUUCUACAAAAUUAAAAUCCCUUUAUAAUUUCCAUUGCUCACAGACAAGAAACCCAGUGCUCACAUGCUCAGCAUCCUUACAAAGCUAGGAUUCCAAGACAUCCUUGCAAGGCUUAGGGUGAAAAC